UCUGUCGUCCAAUCACAAGAAAAAGAAAAUCCCUAAAAAUGAAUUUCCGUGGAGGCUGUUGUAUAGCGAGAUACGGAGGCAGUGGUGGUGGUGGUGGAGCAUAUGAUAUGUCAAAGGUGGAUAGGAUUAUGCUCCGGUACCGUCCGAUUGCUCCGAGACCAGAUUCCGGCGGAUCUUCUUCGCCGCCGUUGGAUUCCGUAUCACCCAAGUCGCGGAGAGGAAAGAGAAAAUACUCGAAAGAGAACAGUAGCAGCAGCAGCGGUGGCGGCGGAUCUGUUAACAGUAACGGCAACAGUAGACGGUGUAAGCGACGGAGAAACGAAGAGGCUAAGAACGGAUCUGAGAUUGUGACGUUGCCUCUUCUUCCCGAGACUCCCGAGAGGAAGAAACCGCCUAGGGUAUUGGUGCCUGCUGCGCCGGAGUUAGAUGCGUCGUUGUCGUCUCUGCGGUUUAGUUUCCGAGAUGACGAACGUUAUGAAACGGCGAAGAGGGGUUUAGAUCUGACGAAGGGGUUACUAACGGGGAGAACGGAAACGGUUGUGUCGUCAUCGUUGUUAACGGUAGAGUGCUUAGCAGAGGGGGAGUACGAGUUAGGGCGUACGGACGAAGAGAAGAAGAUGAAUCUGGAGCGAGACACGUGUCCUGGUUUUAUAUCUGACGGUUUAGGGAGAGUUAUUUGGACGAAUGGUUCGUACAGAGAUUUGGUGAUUGGGAAGGGGAAGGCCAAGUGUUGUAGUCAGAUGAGUGUGUGGCUGGUGAUGAACGAGAAGCAAUUGCUAACGAAACGGACGUUCACAUGUCGAAUGAGACUGCAGUACACGCAUGGUGGUAAUGAAGUGAGUUCGAUUACUUUGCCUUGUGAUGGUUCGAAGAUGAAUGAUGGUGGCUUUGCGUGGCGACUUGAUGUUAACGCUGCACUUUUUCUUGGACGGUGAGUUAUGACCGUUAGAUUGACAUGAUCAGGAGAGGAGGCUUACUUAACUAGAGGCUAGAGCCAUGCAGUUCGAGAUCUUACAUCUUUUCAAUUAAAACUCAAGGAAUGUACAUAUUUUGCAGUUUUUUUUUUUUUGGAGCUUUUGUAUUUCUUUUUUCACUCUUUUUGUAGUUUAAUUUUUUGGUACUCGAUUUAGGUAUUUUUAGUACUUGGAUAAGUGGCAGGUAGCUUCUGUUAAUACUUAAUAAUAAUAAUGCUCAAGCAGUUAUGAAUU